UGAAUUAAAAUGUAAAUAUUGAGAAAAAACGACAGCGGUUUAUCAAUAGUAAUCGGACUAAAGCUUUUAUUUGACACUCGUGAAAAAAGAAUUUGUCAAAUUAAUGAUCGUGUAUCGAUAGGGUAAUUAUUCGUUUAAAGGAAAAAACGCUGGCUGUUUAAUUUAAAGACUUAUUAUUGACAUAUUAGAUUACUUAAUCAAUAUAAAUUUCCGUAAAGCUAGUCGUUUUUUUAAUGUUUAACAAAAGCAACCAUAGAGGAAUUUCUUGUUGCAUUGGUUAGAGUAAAACUUUAAUCAAUACUGAAUUAUGCGACAGUUUCAAACAUUUUUAAAGUAUUACAAAGAUAUUUAAAAUUACCGGGCACCGACUUCGCUUUGGUCGUUGAAAUAAAAUUAAUUCGUAAAUAAGCACAAACUUGAGAUAAUGUAUUAGCGAUUUGAAAUACCAAGAUCAGGAUAAAUUGAAAUUGAAUUACAUAUCUUGAUAUUGAUAGAUGUGUACAGGUUCAGUAAACAUUAGUUUAGUCAAGCUAGGUGCAAGUUUUAUGUUUCCUAUAUAGCAUACUUUGGCAAUAUAAAUACAAAUAUACUUAUUUAAGAAAUUGCGUGAUGACAUAAUGCUAGGUGAUAUUUGAAACGGCUUUGUUAAAACGGAUCUUAAAAAUGGAUUAAAGGCAUAUAUGAAGAUUGACAAAUCAUAUAAAAUCAGACACACUUUCAUUGAACUGCUGACAGUGGAGAGAGGGUAGAUAGUUACUCCUGACAGCGGGGAAAGUUCUGAAGAUUACUCCAGACAGCGUAGGGUGGUUACUCCAGACAGCGUAGGUUGGUUACUCCAGACAGCACAGAAAGAUUAUUCCUGACAGCGUAGAGUGGUUACUCCUGACAACGUAGGGUGGUUACUCCUGACUGCGUAAAAAGGUUACUGCUGACAGCGUAGAAAAAAUAUGAAAUAUGAGUAUGUACUUGCGCACUCGGCAAGACCUAGGUAGGAAAUUCGAAAAUAAAAAAGAAGUACUUCCUACAGUAGUACAGCUGGGCAGCACACUUCCGGCGAAGCGCGCGUAUGAAAAUGACAUUUGGACUCCGUUUAUUCCUGAAAGGAAAGAAAUCUCUCCGAGAACUGAGAGCUUGCACACUGUUAAGUGCCCAAAGUUCAAGAACUUGUACGAGUACAACAAAAAGCAUAACGAUAAAUUCAACUUGAAAAGAAAUUUGUGGAAAAUUCCAAGUCUUGGGAAUAAUUUUCUUCCCUUUCAAAAGAAAAGUCCACAUUCUUCUAGUGAGGAAGUUAUAGGGUUAUAUCGUCCGAAAUUUCACCGGUGGUAUAGUCGACUGGUGCAUGAAAACACUGUGGUCCUUCCACCGAUUGAAACCUCUGAACGGGUCAAGGACGAUGUACCUGACUCAAGUAAACUUAGUGAAAAGAAAUAUAUUGUCGAACAACACAAAAGAACAGGUCCACGCGAACGUUUUACAAGAGACGAGCUGUACAUCCCUAACGUCUAUAGCCAAUGUUUCACGUGCAGAGAAUGCCAAAAGCAGUAUGCAAAUGAUGUGUUCAACCAAACGUGGCAGUUACGUAAUGCAUCUACGCCAACGUGUAAUACUUCAAAUAGUUCUGCGAAACGUGCGGUCCUCAAACGUCAACACUGUGAUGUUUUAGGGGAAAGAUACUGUAAAUCUUGCAUAGAAAAGAGAAACAAAAACUUUUCUCUUCAGAUUGAAGAUAAACUUCUUAACAGCAAUGACCUUGACAAAGUGCAUUACAGAAGUUCAUUCUUUUAAUUAACAUUUGCUGCUGAAAAAAAACGGACGAAGGCUUAACGCUAUAUGCUCAUGCUUUAACUAGUUAUUUAUCAUGUUCUUUCAUUCCGAAAUGCUCUUCAUAGUCUAUUUCUAGGUUUACAUUAUUUAUUCAAAAUUGUUAUCAUGUAGCAGCCUUGUACACUUCAUAUAGAAAUUCGUCUGUUAACAUAGAUUCGAAUCGAAACAAAACCGAACCGAAGGCGAAGUCGUUUUUGUCGUUUCAGAAUCAGACGCUAUAUAUAUAUUAAU